AUGAUCUAUCGUCUAAUUAAUUAUUGGGCGCAGAUCGUGCGGAGGCGGUGGUCCUGGCUGCUCCCGGUCGGGCUGAUCCUGGGGAUAGGGUCGGCAGGAUCGGCCGAGGGCGAACGAUGGUCCCGGCAGGUAUCCAACAGCGAAUGGAUCCCGAUGGCCAAUCCGAGGGCUGGCCAUGGAAUAAAAUCCCAUCGCCAGAUAGAAGGAGACUCCUUACCUGCGGGAACCUCGCAACUUUCCCAGGUGCAAUCUCUGUCUUUGCCGCCCGCCCUGCAGCAGCAGUACCAGCAACAACUGCAGCAGCUGCAGAAGACGCAGGAGAGCAUCCGGGAGCUGCUGGCGCUCCAGCAGCAGCUGCGAAACCAGCAGCAGCAUCUACAGAAUCAGGCCUUCUUACCGACCGGCUUCGGCAACCCUGGAGAGGGCAAGCAGGCUCUUCGUCAAAGCACGGUCGCAAACCUGCAAGCGAUCCCGGAACUCGCCCCCGAGGUCCUGGUGCCACCGAUUCCGUCCUCGGAUGAACUUCCUCCGGUAUUCGCAGCUCAGGAAUUCCUGCCAAGGCCGGCACGCCUCCGUCAAGAUGUUCCUCAGCAAGCUCCCUCUUUUGGGGCAGGUCAGGGUCAGACGACCUCGGGGAGGGAGCAAGGAGACCCUGAGGAAACCGAGCGAACAAACGGGAAGAGCGCCGAAAGUCAGAUCAGACAUCAAGACGCCUCGGCGAGCGGCAAGCGAUUCGAGACCGCGAGGAAGUUGAAGGAGGGAGGUAGGGGAAACUUCGUGACCCAGCCCACGAUCAACCCUGAAGAUGAAGACGAAGAGAUCCAGUUGGUGUACGUUCCGGCCGAGGCGCUGGCUCGAGGACCGAAUCAAGAAAAAUUCGGAAAACACAGAGGAAGGGAGCAUCGGUUCCACCAGCAGCACCUUCAACAGGGUGCACCUUCGACCACGAUCUCUCCCGCCCAGGAGGCGUAUGCUCGCGACCUCUUGGAGCAGCUGCAACGCGACCACGAGGAGAAGAACCAGCUCUUGAGGGACCAGAGGAUGAAGGAGAUAGCCAGGUUGAGCGAGGAGCAGAAGGAGCUGGAGAAGCAGGCGCGGUACCACCAGGAGGUGGUUUUCAGGGAGCACGAGGCCCAGAGGCAACGAGAGGCCGAGAAGAUGAGGAAGGAGUUGGACAAACUCGAAGAGAUGGCCAAACAGCGGGAGCUGGAGAGGCUCAGGGAGGCGAGGGAGAAGCAGAAGGUCGAGGAAGACAUCGCCAGGCAGGACGAGCUAAGGAGACUGGCGCAGCUUCAGCUUCUCGAAGAGCAGAGGAAGAGGGACGAGCAGGUCGCCAGGCAAGCAGAGAUCGACAGUCUGGCUGCUCUGGAGCGACAAAAGGAAAUGCAGAUCCAGCAGGCUAUCAGAAGGGAGAAGCAGCUGGAACAGAUCGUCCAAAAACAACGAGAGGACCGAGCUCGGAAUCGAGACGGUGCCAGCGACCUGCCGCAGGCCCAGGCCUUGAUCCGGAACGGAGAGCAGCAGCACUUGACGGAAGUCCCGGCGAAACCUGCAAAGGGAAACGGGAGGAUCAGGACGAAACCUCGAGCUAGGACUCACCAGACCCAUCAGGGUCAUCAAGCUCAUCUUGGUGACCAAGAACACCGUUUUAGAAGCUCAUCUCCAGCCCCAUCGACGACUCCUUCUCCGAAUCAGCCUCCGCUUUCGGUCUACAUGGGUCGUCUAGGGGAUCAGUCAAAAAGCAUCAAGGUCACCGACGUUCUUCGGCUUCUAAAAGACGCGAGGACCAUCGCGGUCCUGGACACGGUGGGCCCGGACUCCCCGCGAGUUUUCGUGGGCCCCUCGAACCUGGACCCACCUCCAGGGUACUCCAAGUUCGACCUUCCGUAUCUUUCCUCCAUCGACAAUAAUAGGGUCGAGAGGAAGGUGGACAGGUUGCCGUUCUUCGUGGCUCCCUUGAGUUUCCACCCCCCGCCGGGGUACUCGAAGAUCCCCUUUCCGGCGCCACAUAUCGGUUCGGUGGUGGUGAACACGUUGGACGGGUCCCAGGAGCCGGAGAAUAGGGACCAGGACAUCGUCAGCCCGAGUCCUUUGAUAGAGCCGAACGCCUACAUCGAGCCGGACCGUCCCUUCGUUAGGGGACCCUUCGAGGGGCCCAGGGCGGUCCCGGCCCAAUCCGGCCCGACCAGCCCCAAGUACAACCAAGCAGUGUCCUCGACCAGUCCUUCAGGGUCUAGGUUCAGGUUCAGGCAGUUCUUCGGCGAGGACGGCUCCAGCUCGCAGACCCUGGAUGACGGUCUUCGAGGCUCCUCCACCACGCCGGUGACUCCAACCGGAGAUGAAAGUCGAGAUCCUGGAGCUGGACCCAAGCACGACUCCUUCCUUGAAGGUCCCUCUCGAUCAACGACUGGGUACCAGACCCCGAUCUUCACCACUACUGGGAGAUACCCUAAUCAGCAAGAGGACCCGGUUACUUCGAGACAUCCCGUGAAUGGACCCGAUCCCGGGUCAAGGGACGAGCCGACGAAGGAGCAAGACCUCGCGGCCCAGCUCGCCCUGGUUAACAGAGAGCUGGCUCACCAUAGGGACUCUUCAAGAUUUGGUCCCGAUCUUCCCGAAUUUCUGCAUCGGCCACCCUCCGCGAAGGAGGUCGCCGGUCCCGUGUACCAGGAGAACGUGGAUCAAGGUGGGGCUACUCGACCUCCCGAAGAACGCAGAGGUAGUCUGGGAACCCUGGAGCCGGAAUCUGGAAGCGAUGGAGGUCGAGGUCACGAGGAUCAUGGGGUGCUCGUUGGUCCCACGCAGUACAGUCUUCCGGCUGAACUUCCGCCAAUUUCUCCGCACCUUCCGGGGCUGGUCAACUCCCUGGUGGACGCGGGCGCGGGAAAUCAGGGGUCCACCUCUGGGACCACCUCCUCCAUCGGUACCACUCCCAGAACCACCACCGAGAGUCCCGUCACGACCUACAGGACGAGAGGUCGACAAAGGGGAAGGGUCGCUGUCAGGCCAACCACGCAGUCGCCCUCCACGACCUCGAGUCCCAGGUCUAGUGGAGAAAGAACUCGUCGGCCCUUCGGAAGGUCGAGAUCCAGGUUCACCACGACUACGGAAGAGUACCACGAGCCCGAGCCUUCGUAUGAGCCCACCAAGGCCACCUUCCCGGAGACGACUCCUAGGUACGGAGGUCAGGAACAAUAUAGAAAAUCUACGGCGAGGAACCAGAGAGUGAAGAUUCGAAACGGAGACAGGAACCAUGGCAAUGCUGAGGACCAUGAUCAACCAACGAACAGCCACAGGACGCAAUCGAUUUACGACAGCGAAUCUGCAGGACCUCACUCUCAAGCGUCCGCGACUUCCCAGGAGCCCGAGUCCCCGGUGUACUUCCACGAGGAGUUCUCUUCAACGACUCCUUCCCCCUCGACGAACGACUACAAUUCCGGGGCACCGUCGAGCCAGACGACGUCGGGUUUCAGGGACUCGGAGAUCUACUCGAGGGACCAGAAUUAUCCUUCGGAGGUCUCCCAGCCUCCUCAGGAUAGUCGUCAGGAUCCGUACCAUCCUGGUUUCCAGGUUUCCAGCACCGGUCCCAGCAACCUGGAAGAGACUCCGGUCAAUGGAUUCAAUUAUCAAGCCCGGACCGAGGGGGUGAACACCGCCACCCCUCGCACGACCUCCAAGGACUUCUCCUACUACAACGAGAAACCCGAAGACUACGACUUUGCCGGGGAGUCCGGUAGCCCGCGAGUUCAAGAACAAACCCAGAGUAACUUCGAGGCCGCCGCUCUUCAGGGCCAGCAGACCUACCCCGGGCUGGGUCCUCGGGAACACUUCGGGGAUGCUCAGAGCGAAAAGAGCACCCUUGAAGAGAUCCCCGGGAUCGUUCACCCCAGCGAGCAGCCGGCUUUGCAGGAGUUCAUGCAUGGAAAGACCGACGAGUACUCGUACCGCGUCUCCACCGCUGACGUCCCCUUGGAGGUAACCACCCAAGCCACCACGGUUCCCCUGACGACCGCUACCUCGCCGACGACCACCGAGGCCCCGGUAAUAAUCCGUCAGAGGGUCAGAGGAAGACUCGGAGGUCGAAGUCAGCACCAGGACUCUCCGAUCCAGACGCGACCUCGAGGCUCCCAGGAAGAGUACGUGCGAUUCAGCGCGGUCAAGCAGGAGCCCCUGAGGACGGUCACUCGACAAAGAGAUCACUCGCAGAGGCCGAGGACUAGGACUAGGAACCACCCUAGGAUACAAACCGACGAGCAGGAGUACGUCAGGAUCCAAGGAUCCGCACAGUAUCAGCGACCUUCCCCAAUCCCGACGACCUCGACGACCACCACGACAUCCAGGCCCGAGCAAGAGGACCUCCCGGAUUACGGGUUCAUCCGACCUCCCAGUUUCCACCCGGUGCUCCCAGUGGACAGGUUCCAGGGUCAGCAGGAAAGCACCCCCUCCACGGACGACACCGCGGUGGAGUCGAGUCCUGUCCAAUCCGAGAUCCUGAAGAACAGGCAGAAGUAUCAGUCGAACCGCAGACCUAGUGUGCCGAGCUCGACGACGGGUUACUCGUCCUUCGACCAGCCUGCGACCACCCCUGGGGCUUCUUCGGCGACCUCUUCCUUGAACUCGGUUUACACGGCUAGGCCGAGGAGCAGGCAGGACGAGCAGAAGCCGGUGAGAGGUCGGGGAAGAAUCCGAAGACCGGGGAAGAAGCGUCCCUCGACCACUACCAUGACUCCGGCGACGACGAGCACCGAACCCACCCUGGAGACGCACAACGAGCUGCCCUUGGACGAGAAUUAUCCUAGAAUAGUCCAAUCCGCGCCCGAUCCUGGCCCUGACCAGAGAUUCCUCUACGAGGACGAGUACCAGUCCAGGAUCGAGCCCAGUGGACAGCGAUACCAGGCUCCUCGGCAGGACUUCGUCCUGAACUUCGGGGUACAUCCUAGGCAGGGUGACUCCCAGCGAGAGGAGUACGACCAGACCCAGCUGGCAAGCGAUCCUCCGACCACGAGGAAGUACAGCAGCCUCCCUUCGAGGCCUAGGACCCAAUCCUUUUCCGGCAUCCAACAGCAGUCCGACAUCUAUGGAGCGGAGAGCCAGUGGUCGCCGAAGCUCUCCGGGAACUCCUUCCAGCCCAGCAUCCCACAGGAAGAGGCAAAAAAUCCCCCCGAGGUCGGUCUACAGGCCGAGGAGAGCGAGAUCGUUACGGCGGGACCCGAAGACGCCUCCAUCACGGUCUUCAGCUCGUACGAGGGCAGGAAACCCACGGAAGUUCUUGCCCAAUCCACGUCAAAGAUCACCACGUCCGAAGAGCUCGUCCCUGAAAAUCAGUCUCAUCCCGAGGGCCACUCUUCGGGGUCCUCUUCAACAUUGAUGGUCGAGAGCUCGCAGGUUAGAGAGAGGAAUUCUUCGGAGUCGAGUUCAAGUCCUGAAGUGGUCGGGGAUAACGUUGCUGCAGGGAGUUCAGGGUCCCCCGGGUCUCCAGGGAGAGUAAACGUUGAAGAACAACACGAAGAACCAGCGAAAGUCUUGAAGAAGGUCGUCGAUCCGCUGGCUGUUGGAAAGGGCCUGAAGAGGAGGAGGGUGCGGGUCAGGGUGCGGCCGGCAGUCGAGGACUUCGUCACGGCGGAGUCCCAGGACAUCGGGUCUGCGGCGAAGAACCUGUUACAGGGUAAAGAGAAGUCGGGAAUGGAGUCGAAAUAUGGGAAUCGCGGGUCUGAGGAAACCGUGGAUGCUGAAGAGGUACCUAGAAAAUCGAUCCUGGAGGACGUCUUGGAGAUGUUCGGAGGCAGCGAUGUGCAGUCAAGCCGAGCGCCGUUGACGACGACGGAUCAUCCCGAAGAACCCUGGACCGUCACCGUUAGUUCCGCGGACCCCGAAGCGGCGACGACGACAUCCGAGAUCGCCGAGAAAAAUACAGAGAUCUACUCAACCCCCACCGGGGCUCCAGGGUCGAAGACCAUCACCGUCGUCAUUCCGGACACGACGAUGACGAUGACGACUACCCCGGGGACGACGCCAUCCGAGGACUCAAAGACCACCCUGGACCGCCAGGAGUUCUUGACGAGGUACCACAUGGCACAAAACUUCCCCCGAAAAUUUCAGCCUUCGAGUAUCGGAAGGGUCGACCCGGAAUCCUCGGAGACCCCGAAGAGACUUCAGAACGAAGAGUCGGAGGUCUCUUCAGGUACCGAGCAGGUGGUGAACAACGAAAAUCACCCGAAGAACCACAGGAUGAAGUGGAACGAGGUGCGCUGGCCGAGUGGCCAGUCGCUCUUCGACUACUCCAAGUUCAAUCCUUGGGUCUUCGGGAACCAGAGCACCGAGGGCGGCACCGGGAAGCGAGAAUUCACCGGCGAGCCCGGAAAUACCGAGACUUCCGGUACCAGCGCGUCUCCCGAAGUCGUGGCGGACUACGUCAAAGCCAUCUUCAGCAGCAUAGAGAGCGACGCGGCGGAGAGCAUCACCUCGGUAGAUCCCGAGGAGACGAAGAGCAGUCCUCCGGUAGAAACCGAAACGACUACGAUUCCGGAAGUGCCCACGUCUUCCCGAGCGACCUCGAAGAACUCCACCGUCCCUGAAGAAGUUCCGGAAAAUCGUGGCGAGUCCAGGGAAAGUGGGAGCACCCUCGAAGCCGCAUCGGUGAUCGAUUCGAUGGCUGGUUCGACGACUCUCGAGGUCCUCUCGAGUUCGACCACCCCUUCGACCUUGGACGUCACGCCGACCGGCAAGGUCUUGCGCACCUCCACGGCGACCAAAGUGUCCCAUAUGACGGAGAUCUGUUACAGGGGAAAAUGCGUCAUGACAAGGUCGAAGAAAGAGGCUCGCGCCAGAUGAAUCGGAGAAUUCGUCAAGGUCGAGGCGACGUGACAACUCUUCAGGGACUCGCGAGCGAUCCUCGUCGAGUCCUCGGCAUCUACUCAAGACUUGCGGAAUCGCGCGGACCGCCGGUUUCUCACAAUUAGCGAAGCGCCACCUCCAUCGCCAUCGUUCCCCUCGUACACAUGUACUUAUUUAUUACGCGAGGCGGACCCGUUCAUGCUCAAAAGAUUUAACGGACUCGACGGCCAUUCGGUGUCCCAACGAGCACUUGCGACCGAUCGCUGCAGUCGGCUCUCGUCCGAGUAUUUAAAUAAUUCGCACUCGUCGUGGAGGGCACCGUCGAGCGUGCUUAAUUUAAUUAUUUAACCCCUCAUGUAUCUAUACGCCGUACAGGUUA